AUGAGCUCCGACGGCGAAAAGGUCCGCACCUCUGGCGAGGUUUCUCGCCCCGAGCCCGUCUUGCCAACUGUCAACCCAGCUGCCGACAAGUCGGAGCCUCCCAAGGCUGCCCUGCACCCUGCCUUUUACGUCUCUACUUGGAUCGCCUUGAGUUCCAGUGUGAUCUUGUUUAACAAGCACAUUCUCGACUAUGCCCAAUUCCGUUACCCGAUCUUCUUGACAACAUGGCAUUUGUUGUUUGCUACCAUCAUGACUCAACUCCUCGCCCGUACCACGACAUUACUUGAUGGUCGCAAGACUGUCAAGAUGACUGGCCGUGUCUACCUCCGUGCCAUUGUCCCCAUCGGUCUCUUCUUCAGUCUGAGUUUGAUUUGUGGAAACGUUACCUACUUGUACCUCAGCGUCGCUUUCAUCCAAAUGCUCAAGGCCACCACACCUGUCGCUGUUUUAUUGGCUACCUGGGGAUUGGGAAUGGCUCCUGUGAACUUGAAGGUGCUUCUCAAUGUUUCGGCUAUUGUCGUCGGUGUCAUCAUUGCCUCUUUCGGUGAAAUCAAGUUUGUCUUCAUCGGUUUCCUGUUCCAGAUCGGUGGUAUCAUCUUCGAAGCCGUGCGCUUGGUCAUGGUCCAGCGCCUGUUGAGCUCUUCGGAGUUUAAGAUGGACCCCCUCGUCUCUCUUUACUACUUUGCUCCCGUCUGCGCUGUCAUGAACGGUAUCACCGCUCUUUUCCUCGAAAUCCCGAGAAUGACCAUGGGCGAUAUCUACAAUGUUGGUCUGCUCACUCUGUUGGCUAACGCCAUGGUUGCAUUCAUGUUGAAUGUCUCUGUGGUCUUCUUGAUUGGCAAGACUUCCUCUUUGGUCAUGACUCUCUGUGGUGUCUUGAAGGACAUACUUCUUGUCGCCGCCUCAAUGGCUAUCUGGCACACCCCCGUCUCUGGCCUUCAAUUCUUCGGUUACUCCAUCGCCCUCGGUGGCCUGGUUUACUACAAGCUCGGUGGUGAGAAGAUCAAGGAAUACACGGGCCAAGUUCACCGUUCCUGGGCCGAGUAUGGCAACACCAACCCUGGUCAACGUCGUCUCGUCAUCAUCGGUGCCGUGGUUAUCGGAUUUUUCCUGUUUGCUGGUGCUCUUGCCCCUAGCUACGCACCUGACUCGGUAGACCGCGUGCGUGGUGCUCUUGGUGGCGCCACUGCUGGUCGCUUCUAA